AUGGAUGAGGAAAAUGUUGCCAACUUCUGCGGCAUCACGUCCUGCAGCACAGAGCAGGCUGCUCAGUACUUGCGCCUAACAGAUGGCAACUUGGAGCAGGCCAUACAACUCUUCUUCGACUCUCCUGGACUUGCCGAUGCUCCUGCUGCGCCAUCACAGCCCUCAGCAGCCGCCCCCUCCGCACAGAAUCCCAUCAAUAUCGACUCCGACGAUGAUAUGGACUUUGAUCCCGCACCACAAGGCAACGCGCCGUCCACACGAGCACAACCAGGCGUGGAAGACGAUGAAGCCAUGGCACGGAGGUUACAAGAAGAGAUGUAUGGCGGCGGCGCCGCCGGUGGCGCUGGGAACGAUGAGAUUCGCGCGCCCAUAGAACGAAGAGUGGAAACACUUGUCGGCCCAGGCUCAAACUGGGGGCCUGCCGACGACGAAGAAGAUCUUGAUGCUAUGGUCCAGGAGCAGCUUGCUCGUCGGCGGACAGGCCGCGCCGGUAUCUUCAACCAGCACACAACCCAUACCAAUGUCUGGGAUAACACGACCGAUUCAAGCACCCGGCGACGCGAGCUUGCGACCGCGACGGGCGGUGCUUCAGAGCAGUCUUCUAAGAUGAACAUGCUCGCAGAGCUAUUCCGACCACCGUUUGAGAUCAUGUACCAAGGAUCGUGGGAAAAGGCGCGAGAUAUGGGUAAGGACGAAGAGAAGUGGCUGCUUGUCAACAUCCAAGACCCGGCAAUCUUCGACUGCCAGCGCCUUAACAGGGACAUCUGGAAGAAUGACGAUAUCAAGGCAACUGUGCGAGAGAACUUCAUCUUCAUGCAGUAUGCAAAGGAUGAUCAGCGUGGACAGCAGUACAUGAACUACUACUUCCACGCCCGUGACAGUUCUGACGCUUACCCCCACAUCGCCAUCGUUGACCCACGAACAGGCGAGCAAGUCAAGGUCUGGUCGGGACCACCAAUACCCGAACCAGUUGAGUUCCACGCUCAGCUUCAUGAGUUCCUCGACCGUUACAGCCUCAAUGUCAACGCGAAGAACCCCGUAGCGAAGCGCAAGUCUGAGUCUAAGAAGAAGGAUGUUGGUCGCAUGACAGAAGAGGAGAUGCUGGAGAUGGCGCUACAAAACAGCAUGGAUAACGGCAAGGGGCCGAAGGACGAUGACCCAGAUGCUCUCACCAAGUCUACAGACAACAUCAAGGGCAAGGGCAAGGCCGAAGACGUCGCUUCUGAGCCGCCAGCCGAGCCCGAGGCAGCUGCUUCAAAUCCUGUCUUCGCUGCGAUCUCCGCACAUGCUCCUCAUACCGAGCCUACCGUUACUGACCCCAAGGUCACGACUCGCAUCCAGUUCCGUGGCCCGUCAGGUCGUCCCAUUGUGCGCCGCUUCAACCUUACAGACCCUGUUCGCCGUGUCUACGAAUGGAUCAAGUCCGACGUGCCCUGGGAAGGCAAGCAAGGAGCUGAGUUCGAUCUGGCGUUCAUGGGCAAGAACCUCCUCGACCACGUCGACGACACGGUCGAAGCCGCCGGACUCAAGGGUGCCAGUGUUAUGGUAGAGUUCUUGGAUAAUGAGUAG